GUUGGAAGGGAAUUGGGGUAGAAUUUGUUGCUUUCUAUUGAGGGUUUCUAUACGUUGUUAUGGUAGCCGGUGUGAGUAAAGAAGGAUGAUGGUUAGUGAUAGGUGAGUGUAAAAGGAAGAGACAGAGCCGGUGGUCUUGGCCGUGACAAGGCGGAACAUGGCAGAAUAGGGCAGGGCUUACGGAUGGAGGAUGGCGUUAUCAACGGGGAGGCGGAGAAAUGGGGGAUAGGAGGAGAUGGGGGGUUUAGGUGAUGAAAGGGAGGCUGGAUAGGGGGAUAUACAAUAGAUAGUACCUCCAGUUACUUGGAAGGGGGGGGAGAUUAAGGUAGGCAGGUAAGGCAGGUAGGGCAGGUAGGCAGGUAGACAGGUAGACAGGUAGGUGGUAGCUUAACAAAUACCUAACCUAUCAAAUCUGUUCUUUCCCUGCCCUGGUUGAUUUGCGGCUCAAGCCUAAUCAGGGUGGAUUUUUAGCGUUUUCCCAAAUUUCGUCCUGACUUUGACCUCGACCUCGACCUUCUUAAACUUCCUAAACCUCCACGCUCCACUAUACAUCACAUUCCAACACCCACAUCCACAUCCCACUUUCUUUUUUCCUUCUUAAUCAUCUACGUAACCACCCCCAACUGCUUCGAACUUGACUUUCGUUUCAGUUUCUAUCGUUAACGAUAGCAUUACACAAGAUGGCCACCGAAGACGAGUCUAGCGAACUCUCUUCGCUCUCCUCUUUGUCUGAUGCCCCAUCUGAAGAUGACGGCGACAUUGAGGUGAAGCAAGAAGCAGGUGGCAUUAUGAAGUUUUUUCACAAAUUGCCUGCUGGAAAAAAGGCCGAAGAGAAGAAGGAGGUGUCCCCGCCGCCGCGCAAACGAUCACCUUCCCCUGCGCACGAGUAUGUGUUGGCAGACAAUCCGAGUAUCGCGUUUAUUGUGAUGUUCCGUGCAAGAUUCACCGACGCUCUUCCCAAAUCUCUACCUAACUUCGGCCCUCAAGAACUCGAACGAGACGUGACCGAAUCCAGUCCUGGAGAGCGAGCUGUACUCUUCUUGUGCGCUAUUCUUAGCUUGCUCUUGAACCGCAAGCAGGAUGUUAAAUCUACUCAAUACAGUAGAGCUCUAGAAGAUGCAAUUACCUCGCACAAGAGCCAAUGGCCUCAAGAUUGGGACGGACAAAACCCGGUGGCGGGCAAUCGAAGCUUCGCUACAAUGAACCCAACAGAACGAUUGACCCUGAUCCGUACUCUCGUGUUAUGGACAAUGUCGUCGUCCGAUGCCAUCAAGGGCAUCAUCAAUAAGUCGUACCGCAAUCGACACGAGGACGACCUCAAUCAACCCCUAUCUGUUCAACCAUGGGGCUCCGACAGCGACAAACGUCGAUACUAUUUGAUCGAAGGUUUAGACGAUACCAAUUUCCGAGUAUAUCGCGAAAGCAACCCACAGGGUUUCAACCGAACUUGGUGGAGCGUUGCCGGGACGAUUGAGGAACUGAAUGCCUUGGCAGAGAAAUUGAACAAUACAGAUGGUGGUCCCAAAGCUAGGAAGCUAGCAACUAAGAUGUUGGCAGCUGUACCACGCUUUGAAGCGACUGAGGAGAAGCGCAAGCGACGUGAGUAUCGUAUAAUGCGCAAGGAAAUUUUCAAGCGUCCCGAACCCGGCUUCUCCAGUUACGAGGGCCGAACCCGAGGAAAAAGAAUGAAGUACACAUACUCUGAUGAAGAGGAUUUCCUUUCUGAUUCAACUGUGCGCCGAUCAUCGCGGAAUACGCGAAAUCCAACGCCUGCCGAGCCUGUCGGUCCCAUUACCACAGCUAGUGGUCGUCAAAUCAAAGCACCAUCGCGUAUGACAGUGGAUGCCUCUAACAACAUUGUCACCACUAGCCCAACAACAAGUCAGGGUCACAACGGAGCCAACACAUCGAAGGAAUCCUCGCUUGGCCCCUCGGGCAGACCGAAAAGAUCGGCUGCCAUCAACCACGGCACGAAUGGUUGGACUUCGUCGUCUAGUAAGAAGAAGACGGGCUACGGCUCCAUGGACGAUGAAAUGGAGGAUUACGAUGAAGACGACAACGAAAGCUCGCCAGAGCUUGGUGAUGACGAGGAGGACGACCAUGUCCCUAAUGAUGAUAGUGAAGACGAGGAGGAUUUCGAGGAAGAUGAGGAAAUGGCUGAUGAUGACCUGGACAACCAAAGUGCUAAGGAUAGCAUGCUAGUCAAGCUCAAGGUGCCAUCGAAGGGCAAGGCGCCAGAAUCCAACGGAUCGGCACUAGAUCUGAACGCUUAUCGCUACAAUGGACAGAAGCAUGAGUCCACUACUCAAAAUGUUUCUGAGAAGGAGGACAUGCCAGAGGAUAAGAGCGAAGAGGUUAUCUCCGUGGCUACGUCGAGAAAGAAGGACAUCCCGGAAGCUAUUACGGCCAUCGCAGGAAAAACCCAGCACCGCCCCUCCACACCUGCCUUGAAUUCCGUUCAGUCCACGUCGCUGGCCUUUAGAGAAAGCCCAGACAAAGUGCAGCAAACGAUACCCAAGCACGUCGAUGUUGGCGCUGGAGAGUAAACUAUCCACGUCAUGAAACAUACCGAGGCUUUUCCUUCGGUAAAGGACAGAGUCC